AUGGACUAUUAUUCAAUUCAUGGCAAUGACAUUGCCAGUUUUGAUCUAUCAAAUACGCAUCGGCUGCCAACUGUGUCGGCGUCCCAGGUGCUCGAGGAGCUAGAGGAGGAGGGCUCAGAUUGCAUAUCCACGGGUAUCAAGGCUCUCGACGAGACUCUGGUGGCGUUGCCAGCCCCAUCACAGAUAUUUGGUCGUGAAAAGUCUCAGUCUGGUGGUAUCAGACGCGGGCAGGUGACGGAGAUAUGGGGUCCUCCAGGCAGCGGGAAAACAGCUCUGGCAACGCAGUUGGCUGCAAAUGCUCUCAGCAAAGACGGUGGUGCAGUCUGGAUUGAUUGCUUCCAAAAGACACCAGACGAAAGACUAUCAGCUGCGUUGGAAAAGAUGCAACUGAGCAAAGAAACGCAUGCCACAGACCCGGCUUCUGCAGAGCAGGCCUCAAACGGCGAUAACUUCACUCGCUACUCUUGCUUUACGCUCCCUCAUUUUCUGGCGCUCCUAUCGCGCCCAUCUAGCACAACAAUUCCAGUAGGCACAUCUUUGAUAGUUGUCAACUGCGUCUCUGCUUUGAUAAAUUCGGCGCUGCCUCGGUCGCAUGUCAGUAAGCAAAAGACCAAGCAGCCCCCAGGCACCACUCCGUCCGAGAAACGGAUGCAAGCUCUUCAGACCAUAAUGUCGCUCCUCAACAAGCUCGCUGCAACUCGAAACUGCGCCGUCGUGAUCCUGUCCCAGUGCGCCACCAAGAUGCAGUCGGAGCACGGGGCUGCUCUUGUCCCGGCCGUCAACGCAACGGUUUGGGAGCAAGGAAUAUCUACACGAAUCGCCUUAUUCAGAAAUUGGUCUUGGGAGGGCAGAAAACCGCACAGUGUCUUUUUGGCCGGCGUGCAACAAGUGGAUGGUCGCGUGAUGAUGGACGUGGUCGACAACGCCUCAGCAUUCACCGUGGAAUCGAUGGGCGUGCGAGGUGUCGAGUACGAGGCGAGCCAUCCGAUGGAAAUGGCGGCUGCGGCGCAGCAGAAGCGCAAAAUCGGACAGACGGAGCUCGAGGUGCCUGAUAGCGAGGAUGAGGACUAUGGCUGGGCAGACGAAGAUGAGGCUUCUCUUCCGGCACCGCCUCCACAGUGGCAGGGCAGUGAGGAUAUCAUUCUGGGACAGGACGUCGGGCGAAGUGAGGACGAAGAGGAGGCAGAGGAGGAAUACCAUAGCUAUGACGAAACCGAAGGAGCCGAGGACGACGAGGGUGCAUAA